UGAGAGUGAACACAUUUUUCCCUAACGGUGCUAGGCUAAGGCCUAGAGUUUUUUAUUUUUUAUUUUCAAAGACCAUCAAGAACUCCAUUAAGUCUUCACAAAAAGGACUUUGGCACCUUGCUGAUAUGAGUAAGCCACCUUAUGGCCAGGCAACUAGGCCCAAGAUGUUGCCACGCCGGGAAAGACGACCAUGCCCGUCCUCCAUGCCCGGGAUGGUUGUAAUUGAGGAAAAGAGUAAGACCAUCCGCUGGCCAGUAGUCCAUUCCCCUGAGCCCAUCAAGUGCCCCCUGCUGAAUAGAAAGCCUGGACCACUGGUGCCUAUCCAGCGAAACAAACCUAAAAGUCCAAACAUGAUGACCAUCCUCCCUCCCCUGAGGGACCCGGAGACAAUCCACAUCAUCCCUGACGACCAUGACACGGACGAGAUUUACGAUAUGACCCUGAACAGGAAUCCUAAGCCUCCAUCCACUCCACCUGUGAGGAACUUCCACAAGUGGUCAGCAAGCCGCAUCAGCCCUGACGACCUUGACAUGGAAGAGAUUGACGAUUUGACCGUGACAAAGAGCAAUCUCAAGCGCCCGUUCCUUAAGAGGAAGUCGGUGAGGUACAUCCUGGCCACUGAGGCAAGCCACAGACUGCCCACGCCUUCUGGCCUUCCGACCGUCAUCAGCCCGGACGCCCCUUGCGAUAUGACCAUGAGGAACAAGGAUCCCAAGCCUCCGUCCACUCCACCUGCGAGGAAGACUGUUGGUCAGCAUCGCAGGAUCAAAAAACGAACAUAAAAGGGCGCCAGUGCCCUAAAUAGCCCCGGUCCGGAUGGCGAGUGUACUGCAGGCGCGGACCCUUCUGGAGAUCUGCUGCCCCAUUACUAGGCCACCAUGGAGGACAACCUGGCCCUGACGGCGAGCGCGGACCGCUCUGACGAUCUGCUGCCCCGUAAAGUGGCCACCAUGGAUGAGGUGACACCAUGGCCAAGGUCCUGAUGGCGAGCGCUGGCCUUCUCUUUGAGUGGCCUGCUGCCCCAUCAGGGAUCCGCCAUCCAGGCCCAGUCGGGUUAAUACUAACUAUUUUUUCCCCCCCAAUAAAGGCUGCCUUCCCAUCUUAAUGCCUUUAUACCUUUCCCAAUAAAGACAUGCAUUUGAAAAUUA